AUGGCUCGGGCCCGGCCUCGCUGGUCAUCUCUCCGGCCUCGGCUCAGGUGUUUGAGUACAGGAAUCUGUCCCUGAGCUGCGGGGAUAACAGCAGCGUGGAGGGGUGGAGGAUCUUCAGGUCGACCAUCACCACCUUCAGCACCAGCGCCACCGGCGUGCCCACCGUGAACCCCGGAGGAAAGACGUCCGGCUGCGGAGACAACUGGGGGAAUAUCACUUCCUGUGGCUGCAACAUCUACACUUCCAAACAGGCCGACACCGCCGUCUACUGGUGUGAGUCUCGGGUGAAGCAGCGCAGCAACAGCCUCAACAUCAGCGUCCAGGAAACAGCAGUGAUCCUGGAGAGUCCGAUCCUCGCUGUGAUGAAGGGAGACAACGUAACUCUGAUGUGUAAAACAAAGGAUCGCGAUGACCUCCGCGCUGAUUUCUACAAAGAUGGCUCCUUCCUCAAGACCGGGCCUGCAGGUCACAUGACCCUCCACCAAGUUUCCAGCUAUGAUGAAGGCGUCUACAAGUGUUACAUCAGUAAUGAAGGAGAGUCUGCAACCAGCUUCUUAUUUGUCAGAGGUGCCACCGCUCCCCGUACAGACUGGGUCUGGUUAGUGCUGACGGUGUUACGCCACCUGGUGGUUUUCUCCCCGUACUGCGCCUCCACCUUCCUCGUGGUGUCCAUUUACAGACGCAACCCCCCAGGAAGAAGGAAGGACGACGAGGCAACGGACGGACAAAACGACGACGUCACCACCGAGUAUAACUUCUGAACCUUUAGAGACCGGGAUAGUUUUUUUUGUUGACAAAAUAUUUUCCAAGUUUUGAUUUUGCCACAUUAUUUACGAUGUGAAUGAAGCCCUGUGAAUAUAUGGGAUGAAAGAAAGCUGUAAUAUCGCUCAGUCGAUUAUUUCGAGCUUCUACACUGCAGUCAAAGGCAUCAGGGAGGGACUCAUUUGAAACAAGAGAGACUUUGGUGAAAUUAUUUUACAUGUCAAAAUAUUUUUCCAAUUUGUUGUUUUUGUUACUAGAAUUUCCACCCGAAACGCAAAAAUCAAGCGGCUCAACGGUGGUGUGAUUUAGUUUCUAAACAAGCACAGCGACUAAAGGCAUCAACGGAACAGAGUUGAUCAUAACGAUGCUCAUAACAACUAAAACACAGAGACCCUGAACAAGGACAACACCUUUCUUAACUCAGGCUUUUUUCGGGGGUUAAUAACAACUCAUGUGCACGUCAACAUAUGUUUUUAAACAGCUGUUUUCACGAGUUCUUUCACGCAAGAAUUUAGCACCGAGGAAUGAGGAUUAUAAAAGUACAACACGGAGACUCCAAACCAAGAUGGAGUUUUUCCUGCAAUUAAUUUAACGUUAAAAUAUAACUGUUGUUUCACCAAGAACCUGAGUAUUAUCUAGCAUAGAAACACUGUGUCAUCCGUCGAUCCACUCCUUCCUCCGAGCCUUUCACAAUAAAAGCCCUAAGCAUUGACGGAUCCACUUAUCGACAUGUCCUACAGGGAGAAAUAACACGAAUCCUGCGAUCGAUCCUCUGCCAGAAAAACCUUUAUUGAAAAGUUAAAAAACGUCUACAAUGUGCGCUGUUGUUAGUACGAAGGGAUUUGAUGCAACAUGUUCUUGUUGGCUGUUCGUCACGACCUCGGUGUGUAUUUGAUUUUUCCUACUCUAUGUUGUCUGUAAAGUUUUUCUACAUUUCUUUUUUGUAAACUGUAUUAAAUA